GAUUUGAAAAACGUCCACUCCCUUCCAGGGGCGCGCUACAUCGUCGACCCAACCUUCGUCGGCGUACGUACGUACUCGCGCCAUGGACGCCGCCGCGUUGGGUGACGUCGAGGAUCUCGACUUCGACCUGGGUUUUAUGGACGGGUUCGAGUGCUUCGACUUGGACUUCGACUUCGACCUGCUGGGCAUGGACCUCACCGAGUUCUGCGGCGGCGAGGGCAAGGGCGAGCGCUUGCUGCCCGCCGUGGACAAUAAGGAUGACGGUUUGCGUUUGGAUUUGGGUUCUGAUCGUGACGGUGAAGGUGAUGGUGGCGAAGGGGGGAGGGAGAGCUCGCCGGACUCCGUGGUGACGGACGACGGCGCGCCGCCUCUGUCGUCAGGGUCGUCGUUGGUGGAUCGCGACGAUGGCGAGAUGUCGGUCUACGUGACCGAUCUGGAGAGGUUUCUCUUGCAGGAUGACGGGGAGGCCGGAGGGCUGUUUGCGGCGAAGGAUCCUGCCCCCGACGACCACUUCUUCGGCGAUCUUGCGGACGGCGGCUACGUUGAGCCGUCGAUUGCAGCGGAGGAGUUUGCCGCCGACGACCACUUCUUCGGCGAUGUCGACGACGGUUACACCGAGCCGGCGACCCCAGGGAAGGAUCUCGUCAUCAAUGACUACUUCUUCGGAGAUCUCGUUGUUGCGGGCGACGGUUACCUCCAGCCGGCGACUGCUGGUGAGGACCUCGUCUCCGACGACUACUUCGACGAUGCUGCUGGCGAGGACGACGACGAAGCGACCUCGAGGAAGCGUGCAAGGCAGAGGAAGGCCACUGCCGUGAUGCUAAGCGAAACAGAGCCCCGGGAAACGCCGAUGAUGCAUGCCAUCUCGUCGUCGAUCUCGACUGGAAACUGGUGCCGGCCAAUUGAUCUCCAUUGGCUGCAUCCCUGCACCACGGUGUGCCUGUUGGCCUGAUCGAUUGAUCAACCUGCAGUUCCGGUCGGUCUGGGAGAAAGAUCGCAGCGACGGCCCCUGCCCCAGGUAUUGGAACCGGUAGGUGAAAAAUUCAGAGGAACACCUGCAUUUUCCGUGUUCUUCUAUGAUACUAUCUGCCUUUCAUCGGCGGCACACCAACCUGGCCAAUGGACAAUUAUUAAAGCCAUGGAGUAGAAAAUUUUGGUAGCAACUAUCGAACAACACGUUUUCAAAAAGGAAAGAAAGCUCGUUUUCUAAUGUACUAGUACACCGAAUUGGUAAUACUCCUCUUCUCGUACACACAUCCCGUAGGCAUUCCGGAUGUUGUUAGUAGCAUAAUUCGUUGACUAUCUGCCUGCUGGUACAACCAUUUCAUCACCAGUGCUAAUUAACUUUGCAAACAUGCUUGAUACUGAUUUCUACCAUUACUGGUAAAGAGCUUAGUGGUAGAUGUACAUUUAGAUGUACAAGAAACCUUUUACUAGGUAGAACAUGUCAAUUUUUUUUGUUCUCGACCAUCCAGAAUCUUUUUCUCUGAAAAUCCAAUGAGCACCAGCAAUCGUCCAGGCUCUGUUUAUUCAGUGUGGGCCGCAUAUAAUCUCGCUCGUGCUGCUACCAGUGAAGGGCUUAUUGGUUGUUUUACGUUCAGAAGAACAAAGAAACCUUUUAGUUGGUAGAGCAUGUCAAUCUUUUGUUUUCUACGCAUCGUCGACAGUCCAGCCUUUUUUUCUCUGAAAAAAUGGCGUAAACACCAUCAAUAGUCCAGGCUUGUGUUUGUUCAGUGCGGGCAGCAUAUAAAUCUUUCCCAUGUUGUUCCUUUCUGUAUUGUGAAGGAAUGCUUCGUGAUGAACUAACAGAACAUAGUUUCCUGUAUUGUCAGUUUACCAAUGAAAAUUGGAAGGUAUGGACUUUGAGAACAAGUUCAGUCUGAACACAGUUUCCUGUAUUGUCAGUUUCCUUCAGAAUUAAGCAGUGACUGUUAGCCUGUUACAAUCCUAUGUAUGGUCUCUGCGGUGUGAGUGUGGCACAUUUGGUAGUAAGGAUUGAAAGCAUAUAUCUGCAUAUGUUGAAUGAUCACAACACUCUUUGAAGCCUAGAUCUUGUAUCUAUCAGGUUUGAGAUUCCCAUCCUCUGUUCCAAUAUGCAUGGACUCCACCACCGUAUGGGUGGUGCAGGCUUGAACUAGAGUCUGGAAUUUUCGCUUCACAUUGUCCUUUCAAACCGAGUGCCACGAUUAGUGUUGAAAUCUCUCUGUCAAGAGACUCCUUGUAGGCCUGGUUUCAGGCAGCCCCAGUCUCCGCCCGUUUUAAUAUCUUUUAUUCCAGGUUUCUUUCUAAAAUUCUGUUCACCUAUUACCAAUUCGGGGUUUAAACAAUUGUGUUUAUUUCCAGAUUUUUUUGGUUGGUGUUUUACUUGAAGUGUUGUGGUGAGCAAUAGGGAGCAACGAAAACUUCUUUGUGUUGUUGUCCCUGCAUUACCGUUUCAGCUAGAUAAGUUUCAAAGUGUUUUCAUAUGACAUGUUUGCAUUCUUAGUUUCUGACAUUUACCGUCUGUUCGAACAGACGUGAGGAACUGUAUUGUCGGUUCCGAAAAUGGCAACCACAUGUGGGGGAUUAGUUAAAGGAUUAAUCUUUAAUCAAGUAAGUGAUUAAAUCCUAACACUUUCCCUAAUCACUGCUUGUCUUCUCCAAAAGCCCUAUGAAAAAAAUAUGAGGGGUAUAGUAUUUGAUAUGUUGCGAAAACUGCAUCAAAUCCAGUGGAAAACCUAGUGAUAUAGUAUUUGAUAUGACGAGUAUGUUAUGUUGCUAAAACUUCUUCAAACCUAGUGAGGAAAAUAGUGAGAAAGUGGUGUAACAUAUAAUUGUUAUGUAUGUUUUAACUCAAUACGAGAAAAUCCAUAGAGUUUAGAGGACAAUGAAUAUGCCGUAUAUAGUUUUCUAGAAAACCCCGAUGGGAAAAAGGAAAGUAUGCUAAAGGUCAUUGGUGGGUGAAACCGAAACUAAUGGUACGUCUUUUGUGCUCGAUCUGGCCACCAAUCGGUACCAAAGAGAAGUUUAUAUAUACCCUUGUCCCUGCCCACCCUCUCCUCUGUUUUUUGACCGUGUGGGAGGUGUGCAUGUCUUGCCCCGUUCAGCGUUAUAUGCAUGCACAUGAGGAGUCUGAUGAAAUGCCCGAGCCACACUUAAGCUUUCUCCUCUCCAAGCUCCAUUUUCCUCAAGAUUUGUUAGGUUUGACGGUGCACCAACUACACAAGUGUUCUAAAAGGUGUGCUGUCCCGUCCCCAUCAUCACCAUCAUCGAUCACCCGCGUCGAUCUCGUCACCAACACCACGGUGAUGAAUCGUCAAUGGAUGUACGACGGUCGACGUAUUUCGGAGUAUAUUACGGGCCUGCGUAAUUUUCUCGGUGUGGUCGAGGCAACCAAGCAAAAUGGUUUUAUUUAUUGUUCAUGUGUUAACUGUGAGAAUACGAAGGAUUACCUUUUUCCCGAAAACCCUUCACGUCCACCUGCUUGAGAAGGGUUUCAUGCUCCACUAUUAUGAGGAUGAUGAAAACUAUCCGGAUCCUAUGUUCUCCGAAUACGGUGAUAAUGCAACGGGGGAAGCUGAAGAUCAAUAGGUAUCAGACGAUGUGCCCGAUGAUGAUCUUCGCCGGGUCAUUGUAGAUGCACACAGAAUGCGAAAGUGAAAUGGGGAAGUUGAAGUUCGAGCACAUGUUAGAGGAUGAGAAAAAAGGGUUGUACCCAAAAUGCGAAGAUGACAACACAAAGCUUAGUAUCACAGUGGAUCUGAACAAUCUUGGGUACACAAACAAACCAUUCGUCCUAGCCAAUGAUGUGGCGCAAGUUUUCUAUGUGAAGGACAUGUCUACCAAACCGAGAAAAAGAAAAGAUAAGGAAGCAAAUAUAUCAUACGAUGAGUCAAAUCGCCACAUAAUUUUUUUAGGGAAAAGAGACAUCAUGGGAGUGGAGGGCAAGACAGACAUGUCUAGAUAUUAUGAAAACUUUCUUGAAAUUUCUCUCUUCAAAGUGAAGGCUCACCCAAGCACCCUCUUAAGCGAUGAAGAUUAUCCAUGGUUACGACCAAUAAGCAAGGGACACACGUGAAGAAAAAGUGAAGACUUUCUCUUCAUAACUAUUCUCAUGAUGACUCAUAUGAUGGAUUUGAUUACGUGAAGAAAUGAAAUCCCUUUGUAGU